UAUAGUACAGUCAUCAAUAGUCACCCUGUCAAUUUAUAAGUUUACAAAACUCUAAUUAUUGUAAUAGUAAAAAUCAAAUUUUGAUUUAUUUUUGUAUUAUGCAGAUUGAGAGAAGCAGGCUUUCAUUCAUAAUAAGUAGAAGUUGCUAUUAAUUAGUGCGAAAUUAAUAGAAUCAAUUUAAAUUGUGAUUGUGUUUCUUUGUUCGAAAUUUUAAAAUGUGUCGUAUUUCUGUGCAAGUUAAAAGUUGUGAUCAAUAGUAACGUUUCUAAACUACUUUUUAAGUAGAAAUUUUUGUCGAAAAAAACAUUAUUUUGGUUGGUUUUUAAAUAAUUGUGGGAUUUGCUGUUUACCGUUAAAACUAUAUGAUGUCCGCAAGUGGAAGUAUUGGAAGCCCUAGCAAAGAAUCUCUUUCAGGCACAAGUAGUUUGACUGGGGGUGAAGACCUUCCUAGGGACUUUAGUAGACUGUCAUUAUUCUCUACCACAUCUACUACCUCACAAGAUGAACAGUUUCGAAGUGAGGGCCAUGCAGAACAUAGUCUAUCUUGCAUGCAACAUUAUUUACAAGCAGGAAAGCUUUGUGAUGUAGUGCUAAUAGCUGGGAAUAAUGGACGGAGGGUUCCAGCCCACAGAUUAGUUUUAUCUGCUGCCAGUGAAUAUUUUUCUGCCAUGUUCACUUGCAAUAUGAGGGAAACAGCUGAACCGGAAAUAACCCUUCAAAACGUGAAUGGGGAUGUGCUAUUUGCCCUUGUUAACUACUGUUAUACUGGUAGUAUUGAGAUACGAGAAGACAAUGUUGAAACAUUGUUAGCUACAGCCUGUUUGAUGCAACUGCGUGAGGUUACCGAAGCCUGUUCGCGCUUUUUGGCUCACCAAUUACAUCCCAGUAACUGCCUUGGUAUCGCCGUUUUUGCCGAACACCAGAACUGCAUUAGUUUGUUACAGCAGGCCAAUGCUUACACCAGUCAACAUUUUGUGCAAGUUAUAAGAAACCAGGAAUUCCUUCAGUUGAGUGUAGACCAGAUAAGCGCGUUGCUAUCCAGCGAUGACCUUAAUGUGACUUCAGAGCAGCAGGUGUUUCAUGCCCUAAUGAGCUGGAUAAAUCAUGAAGCGGUGAAUAGAAGAGUUUAUCUGGCUCGCCUUUUGGCUUUAGUGAAAUUGCCCUUGUUGGAGCCUGCGUUUUUGGCUGAUCAGGUCGAGCCUGUUGUCGAUUCAGACCUGACGUGCCAAAAACUAAUAAUGGAAGCGAUGAAGUGGCAUUUACUACCUGAAAGAAGGUCUCUAAUGAGUACAACACGUACUAAACCUCGUAAAGCUACUCUUGGUAGACUUUUGGUUGUGGGGGGCAUGGACAAAACUAAGGGUGCUACCACCAUAGAAAUUUACGACCCCAAGAGCGACAGCUGGUCUGCAGGGUAUCACAUGAGUGGACGUAGAUUACAGUUCGGCAUUUCACUUAUGGGAGACACCAAACUUCUUGUUGUGGGCGGAAGAGAUGGGCUGAAGACAUUAAACACUAUGGAAUGUUUGGAUCUGGAGACAAGUACGUGGACUCAAUUGUCGCCCAUGAAUACUCAUCGUCAUGGCCUGGGUGUGGCCGUUUUGGGUGGACCCCUUUAUGCAGUAGGUGGACACGAUGGAUGGAGCUAUUUGAAUACUGUAGAAAGGUGGGAUCCAACAGCACGGACGUGGAGUCUCGUUGCGCCGAUGCAGAGUCAACGCUGCUCGGCGGGCGUAGCUGUGCUCAGUGGUAAGUUGUACGCUGUUGGUGGCCGUGAUGGAGCGUCUUGUUUGCGUACAGUCGAAUGCUACGAUCCUCACACAAACAAAUGGACAAUGUGCGCUUCAAUGUCGAGAAGAAGAGGUGGAGUAGGAGUUGCUGUCGCCAACGGGUACCUUUACGCAAUGGGAGGUCAAGAUGCGCCAGCCAAUAAUCCUGCAGCUUCACGGUUCGACUGUGUGGAACGAUACGAUCCAAGUACGGACACGUGGACCAUUGUGGCCUCCCUCUCUAGUAAAAGAGACGCGGUAGCAGCUUGUCUUUUUGGCGACUGUCUGAUCGCCGCCGGUGGAUACGAUGGAAACAAUUAUCUGCGCUCGGUAGAAAAGUAUGAUCCUCGUAAUAAUGAGUGGACAAAGUUAGCACCUUUGAUAUCUGGUCGUGCGGGUGCUUGUAUUAUAUCUGUCGGCAACUGUGCAACAACCCAGCAACAGAUGGAUAAUACCAGCAGUACAGCGCAGUAUAAAGUUACGUAAGGGAAUUCCAGAAUCUGAAAUAUGUUUUCUUCGCCUCUGUACUGUUCAUGGCUUCAUAAAUACGGUUUGAGAAGAAAGGUAAGUUGAAUGUUAACAAUGUGAUAAAUUUUUUUUAUUUAGUUGUUACUGAUAAAUAAUUUAGCUGUUGUAUAACAUAACAGACAGCUAUUUUCCUUUUUUUUUUUAAUAAAUUAGGUGUUUAGUGAACUGUGUUGGUCAAAAGUUCUUUUGGUGGUAUAAGUAACAAAAUUUUCUUUGAGGGAAAUAGGUGUCUUUAAGAGAACUUGGUAAUUUUCAGUGACCUGUUUCCACAGUUCUUCUUCUCCAUCUGCAAGUUCUUCCACUUCCUCUUGUUUUGCCAAUCAUCUACACUUUUUCUAAUUUCCUUUUCCUGUUUUUUUUAUAAUGCUGGCUUAUUUACUUGCAAUAGAACAUUCAAACAUUUAACAUUUAUAAAAAAUGUAACGACAGACUAAUUUUGAAGACUGUUUUAAUGUCGUGUUUAUUUCUUCAUAAAUUAUGUUAAACUAAACUGUAUUUUUAGCAUUUAACAACUUAAGUAGAAUUUUCAGUAUUAUUUUUCAAAAAUUCCGUUUCAAAACCCUGUUGUAAGUCUUAAGGUAUAGUACUAAAAUAAAGGACCACAAUAAUAGCGUUAGGGUUAUAUUUUAAAACGAUUCUACCCCUUAAUAAUGGUAACAGUAACUUAAACAAAUAUAAGCUUGUUUUUGUAUUGUUUAAGUUACCAUAGUUAAUUUCGGAGUAAAACGAGCUUUACAUAGUUGUAAGUAUAUAAAAGUAGUGAUGCAUUUCUUUUUGUAAUUAUACACUAUAGAAAAAACGAAAAUAGUAAAGAUAAAUAUUAAUUGUAGGGUACAAGGCAUUUGUGAUUUAUACACACACUUCUUGAUGUGAAAGGUUUGUGAUAACAAUAAAUUAUUUGUACUUU